CUGAUUAGUCUGCGAGCGCCGUUUACGUGUUGAUAAUACGUUUAAAUUAUACGCAAACAUUUUUUGGGCUGCCAGAAAAGCAAAGUGAAUCACAAGUGAAGUGAGCCGAGUGCUGGAAAACCCAAAAAAAAAAGAAAACAAUACAAAAUAAUAAAUAAUAAAAAGAAAAGAACGAACGGAUACAAAAUUUAAAAUUUCCUAAGAAAAAAUAAGGAAUUGUUAAGUUGCAAAAUUAACGAGCGCUCAUUUUUAUAAAACGGAUAAAACCUGCUAUAAUUUAAAUUUUUUUCGGACAGUAUAAAUAUCUUGAAAUACUUGAAUCGUCAUGGGUUCCCUGCCACAGCUGUCGAUUGUCAAGGGCCAGCAGCAGGAUUAUGUGCCUCGUGCACUGCAUCGCAUCUUUGAGGAGCAGCAGCUGCGACAUGCCGACAAGGUGGCCCUCAUCUAUCAGGGUCAGACCUUGGCGCCCAGUCAGAGCAGCUAUCGCCAGAUGAACGAGCGUGCGAAUCGUGCGGCACGUCUGCUGGUGGAGGAGACUCAUGGACGCUUCUUGCAACCGAAUAGCGAUGGUGAUUUCAUUGUCGCUGUCUGCAUGCAACCUUCGGAGGCAUUGGUCACCACGUUGCUGGCCAUUUGGAAGGCGGGCGGCGCCUAUUUGCCAAUUGAUCCCAGCUUUCCUGCCAAUCGCAUUCAUCACAUUCUCCUCGAGGCAAAGCCGACAAUGGUGAUCCGUGAUGAUGACAUCGAUGCUCAGCGCUUUCAAAGCACGCCCACGUUGUCGGUGACGGAAUUGUACGCCAAAUCCUUGCAGCUGAGUGGAUCCAAUCUGCUCUCGGAGGAGAUGCUCCGAGGUGGCAACGAUCACAUUGCCAUCGUUCUGUAUACAUCCGGGAGCACAGGUGUGCCAAAGGGAGUGCGUCUGCCGCAUGAGAAUAUCCUGAAUCGGCUGCAGUGGCAAUGGGCCACCUUUCCCUAUACGACGGCCGAGACGGUGGGCGUGUUCAAGACGGCCCUCACCUUUGUGGACUCCAUUGCCGAGCUGUGGGGCCCUCUGAUGUGUGGCCUGGCCAUUCUAGUGGUGCCCAAGGCUGUGACCAAGGAUCCACAGCGUCUGGUUGCAUUGCUGGAAAAGUACAAGAUCAGGCGUCUGGUGCUUGUGCCAACUCUGUUGCGCUCCCUGCUCAUGUAUCUGAAGAUGGAGGGCGGCGGUGCGGCCCAGAAGUUGCUAUACAAUCUGCAGAUCUGGGUCUGCUCAGGCGAGCCUCUGGCCGUGCCGCUGGCCAGUAGCUUCUUCGACUACUUUGAUGAGGGAGUGCAUCAUCUGUACAAUUUCUACGGCUCCACCGAGGUAAUGGGCGAUGUCACCUAUUUCACCUGUGAAAGCAAGAAACAAUUGAGUUUGUACGACAAUGUGCCAAUUGGUAUACCUGUCUCCAAUACGGUCAUCUAUCUGCUGGAUGCCGACUAUCGACCUGUGAAGAACGGCGAGAUUGGUGAGAUUUUUGCAUCCGGCUUGAAUCUGGCUGCCGGCUAUGUAAAUGGACGUGAUCCCGAGCGCUUCCUGGACAAUCCCCUGGCUGUUGAGAAGAAGUAUGCGCGUCUCUAUCGCACUGGAGAUUAUGGCUCACUGAAGAAUGGCAACAUCAUGUACGAAGGUCGCACCGACUCUCAAGUCAAGAUUCGUGGACAUCGUGUGGAUAUGUCGGAGGUCGAGAAAAACGUUGCCGAAUUACCGCUGGUGGAGAAAGCCAUUGUGCUUUGCUAUCAUGCUGGGCAUGUGGACCAGGCCAUCUUGGCAUUUGUCAAGCUACGCGAUGAUGCUCCUAUGGUGACGGAGAUGCAGCUCGAAGGUCGGCUCAAGGACAAGCUGGCUGACUAUAUGAUCCCGCAGGUUAUUAUUGUGGAGCAUGUGCCUCUCUUGGUCAAUGGCAAGGUGGACCGCCAAGCUCUGCUUAAGACCUACGAGACGGCGAACAACAAUGAGGGUGACUCGAGUAUUGUGCUGGACUUUGACUACUCCGAGGUACCCGAAGAACUCAAGCUAAUUGCACGCGAUCUCUUCGAGACGGUGGGUGGUGUCAUUGGACGCUCCACUCGCGCCAGCUUGUCACCUCGCAGCAACUUCUAUGAGCUGGGUGGCAACUCACUCAAUUCCAUAUUUACCGUCACAUUGCUGCGGGAAAAGGGCUACAACAUUGGCAUAUCCGAAUUUAUCGCGGCCAAGAAUCUGGGCGAGAUCAUUGAAAAGAUGUCCGCCAAUCAUGAUUCCGUUCAGUUGGAGGAGGAAACACUCAAUGCAUGCCCACAUCUCAAAAUGGAAGCAGUUCCUUUGCGACUGGAACAUCGCCAAGAUGUCAUCGACAUUAUUGUGUCGAGUUUCUACAACAAGGCCGAUUUGGAGCAGUGGCUCAAACCGGGCGUCCUGCGCACAGAUUACAGUGAUAUUCUUAAUGAUAUUUGGAAUGCUCUAGUGGAGCGAGAGCUGAGCUUUGUGAUAUACGAUCGUAACACGGACCGCAUCAUUGGCACCGCCUUGAACUUUGAUGCCCGAAAUGAACCCGAAGUGGACAUCAAAUCAAAACUCUUGGUUGUCUUUGAGUUUCUCGAGUUCUGCGAGGGUCCGAUACGCGACAACUAUUUGCCGAAGGGACUGAAUCAAAUACUGCAUUCCUUUAUGAUGGGCACCGCAGAGAAACUGAAUCCUCGCGAGAACAUUGCCUGCAUGCACUACAUGGAGCAUGAGGUCCUGCGAGUGGCACGUGAAAAGAAGUUCGCCGGAAUAUUUACGACCAACACAAGCCCACUGACCCAACAGCUGGCCGAUGUGUAUCAUUACAAAACGCUGCUCAACUACCAAGUCAACGAAUUCGUCAGUUCCGAUGGCAGCCGACCGUUUGGAGAUGCGCCCGACGAGCAGCGAGCGAUUGUCCACUGGAAAGAAGUCGGAAAAUAAUUGACUAUAAAGUGUCACAAUCUGUGACGAAUUUAAGACGCACCUGUGUAGUAUGUAACUUGUAGUAUAUCGAUAAACCUACCUUCUAGUAUUAGCCUUAGGCAUCGUAUUCGUAUAAUGUAAUUUCAUCAAUUUAUGUUGACUAGUUGUAAGCUUUCAAAUGCAAUUAUACAAAAUAAUCAACAAUAA